UGUCAACAUACUCAAAUAAAAAAAUUCUUCACUUUCGGUGAGCUCUCGCGUGUAUUGUUGAUCGCCACUUCAAAGACAUAAAAAGUAAUUACACCCCGUCUGUACAUCAUGUAUCACAUAAAGCCAAUCAUUAGUUCCAACGUUCACAUCGAACUACCCACUUCGAUGUAUCAAAUCAAACCAAUUUCCACAGAUCAUUUGAAUGAUAUUCAUAGCAAUAACCUCAAUGUCGCUGGCAGCAAUUUGGCUGAUGUAAGUGAAAAACCGAAUCGGGACAUAGUGCAACAAAUUAAUAAAAUUCUCAAGCAGUCGAAAAGCGGAGAUAUGGAGGAAUUGGAGGCUCGCCAAGAAAUCAUCUUAAAGCAAUUGAAAGAGUUGAAGGAGCGGUUGAUGUCUAUGCAUAAAGAACUGAACGUUUGCAGUAAACCGGCACAGUCUCGGGUGCAACAAUCGUCACAAACCAAAACAGCUCAAAAACCAAUUGAUGCUUCAAAUCUCCGUGACAUUGUGAUCAACGCCAAUCCCAGCAAUGUUCCGUUCAGUUUGGUCAUUCUAAAGAAACUUUGGACGGAUCGUCUCUCGAUAAACAUUCAGUUUUACACGCACUCGUCUGUCUCCAGUCUAUCUCAAUCAGCAGUGAAUUUCCAGCAUAUUUGCACCGCUCACCAAUCAACAUCCGCGACCGCUCUAAAUGUCAGCCUAAUUUGGAAGAACGUCGACAGCAUUGAAAUGAUAAACGGUUCGACGUUGCCGAUCAUCGGAGAAUCGAACAUAUUGCGGUACCUUGCUCGCAUCGGACCGAACGAAUUCAAUUACGAAACGAAUGGAUCGAAUUGCAAUGAAAUCGACAGUCAACUGGAUCUGAGCGAAAUGUUGCUGGCUGCGGAAACAGCAAGAGAUCGUCAGACUAUUUUCAAAAAUUUGAACGCAACGCUCGGUAAAAACGAAUAUUUCGGUGGAUCCGAACCGCGCAUAAACGAUUUGUCUCUGGCCAGCGCUGUUCUGCAGUCAACGGCUGAGAAGGAAUUGCCGCCCACUUUGUUGAAAUGGUCUCGUAAAGUCAUGGGCUGAGCCGAUAAAACUGAAUUUCAAUAAAAAUGCGCGGAGUUCCAAUU